GAGAAGGCCAAACGCGAGGCUGAAGAAGCUGCCAAGAAGCAACGCAAACCUGGUCAAAAACGGAAGGGUUUGGGUGGUGAACGACGUCAAGGGCAAAUUGUCAGUACUUAUCGAUGCACUCACCACCACCCUGCGAUCGUGGUGUUUACGUGUUGCCAUGAUUUGUGUUUCAGCGUCAAACCCGUCCUCAAGAAGGUCUCCAAAACGGAGAGCCAGCUGGCGCGGAUUGAGAAGAAGGAGAAAACCCUCGCCUCGUUCCGCACCCAACUCAAAUCCACGGGGCAAAACAAGUUUGCCCUUGAGGAGAAAGAUGAAGCCACUCAUGUUAGUUUCCGCAAAACCUACCAAUUUAUUUGACCCUAAUGCGCAAAUUUCCAUGGCUAUAUAUAAGUAG